GUUACUCUGCGUUUGUUUAUGAAUUUUAUUUGAGACUGCAAUCUCUGCAUUUUUAAUUGCGAAAGUCUCAUUAACGAUAAUGAUGAAGCGGUUGAUUUCUAUGAUCAUUUAAAAAUAACCAAACUUUUAGUCGCAAUGACAGCAUCACUAAACACCAAUACGUCAUUUUUGUGAAAACGAGAAAUCAUAUCUAAGAGAAGAUUCCUGAUUCCUGAUCCCUGUUGACAAGUAGAAUUGUGUAUCAAAAUGGUCUUCCUCACAAAUUGCUUAGGUUAUGUCAUAAAAAAGGUCCCAAGGAAAUAUCUGCGUAGUGGAUUCAUGGAUUCCCUCAGAAUUCAUGUUAAAGCUGGAUCUGGAGGAAUGGGUCUGCCUCGUUACGGUGGAAUUGGAGGCAGAGGUGGUCAUGUUUAUAUAGUAACUAAUGAAAAAGUUACUCUGGAAAUGUUAACAGCAAAGGCCAGGAAAACAAAGUUUUUUGCAGGGCAUGGAGGCAGUAGUACAAGUUCUGGUUUAAUUGGAUUAGAAGGCAAAGAUUUAUGUAUUGAAGCACCACUGGGUAUUUCCGUUUAUAGCGAAGAUGGUGCACUCCUAGGUGAUCUAAACAGCACGGGAGCAAAACUGAAAAUAGCUGCUGGUGGAAUUGGUGGUUGUCCCGAAACUGGUUUCAGUGGACAAAAAGGUCAAGCGCAUUGUAUUCAAUUAGAUCUCAAGCUCAUAGCGGAUGUUGGCCUUGUGGGUUUCCCGAACGCCGGAAAAAGUACUCUCCUGAGAGCUGUGUCUCAAGCAAAACCAAAAAUAGCAUCGUAUCCAUUCACAACAAUGCGACCUCAUCUUGGUACAGUGAUUUAUCCAGAUCUGAGGACAAUUACUGUGGCUGAUUUGCCAGGUCUCAUAGAAGGUGCUCACGCAAAUAUUGGAAUGGGUCACAAAUUUCUAAAACAUCUCAGUCGCACAAAACUCCUUGUAUUUAUGGUCGAUGUGCAAGGUUUUCAACUGUCUGUGAAGCAUGGAAAACGCAGCUGUCUCGAGACAGUCAUUUUACUGAACAAAGAAGUCGAGCUCUACAAACCCGAUCUUUUGAAAACGCCUGCUAUCUUGAUAGUCAACAAAAUGGAUACAGAAAAUGCAUCCAAUAUAUACAGUGAAAUAGAGCCAUCAUUGAAAAAUCUUUCUACCGUUUUGGAAAACUAUCCUGAAGAAAUGAGACCGGAGACUGUACUGAAAUUUGAAGAAAUUAUCACGACCUCAAUGUCCUUAAAAAAAACUGAAGACGUCGAAAAAGUGAAAAAUUGUAUCAGAAACGUGCUUGACAGUUAUUACGAAAGGCAAGCUGAAAAGCUCAGUGGAUCGAAAGAGUUGAAAUUGAUUGAUAGGUUCAAACGUGAAAUGCGACAAAAAGCUCCGGUGCUCGUUUGAUUCAUAUUCCGAACCAAUAAAUUAUUCAAUGUUCGUUUCUUUAAACCAUUCAA